AUGGCGCCAACGAAAGUACCCAAGAAACCUCUGAAGUCCAUGGAGAAGAUCGCGGACAAGCCUAUAGCAAAAACGAAAAAAAUCAAAAAAAAGAAGAACUAUCAAAGCUUCUCGAUCUAUCUUUACAAAUUACUGAGGGCCGUCACGCAAGACAACCUGGGCAUCUCAAGGAAGUCGAUGCUGAUUAUGAAUAACUUCGUUAACGAUAUGCUGGAGAAGAUCGCCGUGGAAGCCGGAAGGCUGGUCGCCCACGGCAAGAAGAAUACUCUGGGCAGCAGAGAAAUCCAAUCGGCCGUCAAGUUGCUAGUCCCGGGAGAGCUGGCCACACACGCCAACUCCGAGGGCAUGAAGGCCAUAAGCAUGUACCAUUUGAGCAAAAAGAAAGACUCCAAAAGCAACGACUCGGAAUGA